ACUGGCAGCACUGCUGGGCUGCACUGGUGGGCACAUGUGGGUGGCACUGCUGGGUGGCACAGGUGGGUGCACUGCUGGGCACAGGUGGGUGCACUGCUUGGCACAGGUGGGCAGAACUGGUGGGUGGCACUGCUGGGCACUGAUCAUCAGUGCCCUGAUGAUCGCUGCCUGUUCUCGGCAGUACUUUCCUCACGCUCUGACAGUGUGAGGAAAGUGCAGCCGAGAACCGGCAAUUGCAUUUUCCGGUGAUCAGCAUGUCAUUGGACACGGCUGAUCACGUGGUAAAAGGCCA